AUGUCUUCGACGGCUGCGCGCGAUCAGACCAUCAACCUGGGCGCUGGCCCCUCGACGCUGCCUACCCCUGUGCUUCUGGAGGCUUCACGUGGUAUCAUCGACUAUGAAGGAACGGGUAUGGGGCUUACCGAGCUGAGCCACCGCUCGUCCACCUUCAAGAACCUGCUGCAGGAGGCCGAGGACAACCUGCGCAAGCUGCUCGACAUUCCCGAGGAGUACGCGGUGCUCUUUUUGCAGGGCGGCGGCACGGAGCAGUUCUCUGCGACGUUGCUCAACAUGCUUGCUGCACACGCCGCACGCAACCCCUCGUACCAGGGCACGCCCCCGGUGGACUACGUCGUGAGCGGAGCGUGGUCGAGCAAGGCGAUCAAAGAGGCGCAGCGCCUCACGCCGCGUGUGAACAUCGCCUGCGACAUGCGCCCGAUCAUCUCGGACACGAACGCCAAGGUGCCGCCGCCGGAGGAGUGGAAGCUGAGCCCGGUCGACGAAGCGCCGGCGAUGCUCUACUACUGCGACAACGAGACUAUCGGCGGCUUCGAGUUGCCUCAGGACUUUAUCGCGCGCCUGCCGCAGGCCUACCGCGAGCGCGUGCCGAUCGUGGCCGACUGCUCGUCCAACAUUCUCAGCCGCCCGAUUGACGUGCGCAAGCACGCCGUGGUUUACUUUGGUGCGCAAAAGAACAUUGGCCCGAGCGGUCUGACGAUGGCCGUCGUGCGCCGCGACCUGGUCGUGGACCCUGAUGCGGUGCGCACGUCGUACACGCCGCUGAUUCCCACGACGCUCGUGUACAAGAACGCGGUGGACAAUGAAUCGCUAUACAACACGCCACCCAUGUUCCCGAUCUACGUCUCGGCAUUGGUCUUCCGCAGGCUGCUGGACGAGGGCGGUGUUCCAGGCGCGCAGCAGCGCGCCGAGGAGCGCAGCAGGAUCGUGUACGACGCGCUGCACGCGCACUCGUCGACCUUCCGCCCGCUCGUCGCCCACGCCGACUAUCGCAGCAAGAUGAAUAUUACGUUCCGCGUGCUCGGCGCGAACGGCGAGCCGUCGGACGAGGCCGAGGCCAAGUUCAUCAAGCUCUGUGGCGAACACCACAUCGUCCAGGUCAAGGGACACCGCUCGGUCGGCGGUCUGCGCACUUCGUUCUACAACGCUUCGACGCUGGAAGACGCCAAGACGCUCGUGGCGGUCAUGGAACAGUUUGCUAAGGUAUAG